AUGAGGCUGAUAGAACAGCAUGAUGAUGAUGAUGAUGAUGAUGAUGAUGAUGAUGAUGGAAUCCAUGAUGAAGACGAGGAUGAAGAUAUGGGUGGCGAAAUCAACUCUAAUUCUAUAUUGUUACAUGAUCUGUUAAAUUCUUUUGCAAAUUCUGCAGGGCACGGUGAUGUAGGCUCUAAUCCGACUAUUACUAAUAAUGAUACUAAUGGUGUGCCAUUAGGUGGCAAUAGAACUUUGCCGGAUAUAUUAUCCAUGUUCACUUCGUCAAAUGGUAAUCCGUUUGGUGGUAUUGGUGGAGUGCGUGCCGGUAAUAGCUUUGGUGGCAAUUCAAGAUUUAAUAAAUUGAUUGAUAAUUUGGCACUUACUAAUCCUAAUUUUGAUCCCUACAUUGCUAUGGAAUCAUUGAGAGACUUAGCUGAAAAUUUAUUAUUGACAAACAAUUAUUUGAUUGACCGAUUAUUUAAUUUAAAUGCUCUAAUUAACAAUAUUAUAUCCAUUCUAGACUCUCCAGUUCUCAUGGAUCACAUGGAGUUGCAAUUAAUGGCAUGUAGGUGUAUCUAUAAUUUAUUUGAAGUUACUCCAGAGAUAAUUUCUGUUACAAUAAAAAAGCAUACGAACCUUUGUCCAAUUUUACUGUCAAAGCUGAACUCAAUUAAUUAUAUUGAUUUGGCCGAACAAGUAUUGGAAUUAUUGGAAUUAAUUUCAAGAGUAACUCCCUUGGAGUUAUUAAAAUUACCUGAAUUAUAUUCUUGCCUUUCGUUCAUUGAUUUUUUCACUAUCCACUCUCAAAGAAAGGCUAUUUCAAUUGUGUCAAAUUCAUUGUCAGCUUCUUCCAAUAUUAACAAUUUUAAUCAUCAGAGCCCACUAGUCAAUAACAUCAAACAUCUAAUUAAUAUUAUUCAACCUAUUUUCUUAAAUAAUUCUGAUGACUUUGUUUUGAAUAGACUAAUUUUAUCCUUUUAUGGGGUUUGCAAUCGAAACUUAUUGUCAUCUUUAAGUAAAGGAGAGUCCGAUGCUCCAAAUAAUGAUAAUUUAUUAUUAUUAAAUGUUGAUACAAUUAAGAAGUUAAUUAAUUUAAUCUCACUAAAUGAUAUUAAUCUAUCAAUCAAAUUGAAAACUCUUAGCAUCAUUUCAAGUUUAAUUGAGUAUAAUAUCGAAUUAUCGAAAUCAUUAAUUGACUUGAUAGAUUUACCAAAUUUAAUUAUUAAAUGUUUAACUAAUUAUUCAAAGUCUAAACAUUCAAAGUUACAUGAGACCUUAAUGUUUGUCCCAAAGAUUUUAUUAAAAAAUAUUUCAAGAUUAGUUAUGAUGCUAUUACCAUCAACGGAUAACUUUAAUUCUAAUUCAAAAUCAAAAUCCAUUUUAAAUAAAAAAUUCUCAAUAACUUUGCAUAAGAAAAAUUCAUUCCAAUUCAAUAAUUUAAAAUUUUAUAAUGAUAUGAUACCAAUUCUAACAGAAAUUUAUUUAAACUCAAUUGAUUAUGAUAUACGUAAGUUUACAUUGACUUCUUUAACAAGAAUAAUUCCAAAUUUACCAAAAAAAUUUGAUAUCUCUACUCUCAAGAACUAUUACUUAAAUGUUAUCAGUACAGCUUUGUCAACUUACACUUCAAACACGUUGGAUACAAAUACUAUAGAAUUAAAUAUCAAUUGCAUUCAAUCAAAAAAUUUAUUAUUUAUUUUGAUUUUAUUAGACUGGUUAUUAGAUAAAUAUCCAAAUGAAUUUUUAUUCUCUUUAAAAAGGGAGGGGGUAUUAGAAAUCUUAAAUUCUCUUUCUGCUACUUUUGAAAAAUCGCUUGGGAAAAUUAAUGGUACUAUACUUGAUAGUGAACUUCAGAUUGAUGAUGAUAAUGAUGAAACUAAUAAUUUUAAUGCAGGCUCCAUGAAUGAUAGUGAAAAAAUGGAUGAUGAAUCUGAUACUAACAUGGAACGAAGUUCAAAUAUAAACGAAAUAUCGGAAUAUGAAGAUGAGGACAUUGAUGAUGAAGAAUUUGACCCGACUGAUGAUUUAGAUAUUCCGACUCAUAUUGAACCACGUUUGAUUGUUUUUAAACUGUUUAAAACUUUUUCUAAUAAAGAAAUAGAUGAAAUGAUUAAUAUAAUAUUGGCACGAUUAACAAAGAUAUUUAAAAAAGGUGAUAAAAAUGAUAUUAACAAUAAUUUUUCUAAUUCUAAUUCUCAAAUUUUAAAAGAUAUUGAAAACCUGCAUUCGAAUAUUGAAUACCUGACAAAACAUGUAUUGAAUUAUAACGACGCAUUAAAAAAUGAUUUUAAUAUUGAAUUUUGGUCUAAUAUUUGGACAAACUUAAAAAUAUCGAUGUUUAACAAGAAUUUUAAAAUUUCCAGUUUCGAGUUAAUUUCUACAAAUUUAGUCAAUAUUAUUGUUGACAUAUUUGAGAAAUACUCUAAUUAUGCAAUGGUACAUACAACAUUUUUAAAUGUGUUUCAAAAUAAUGAUGGAAUUGAUAAUCAUGUGGAAAAUGAUUUAAAGAAAUUAAUAGAGUUAUUACAAAAUUCAUUAUCUAGAAUUGAACAGUUUAAUAUCAUAACAUGUGGUAUUCCAAAUGAUACGAGUAGUAAUCAUUCUCUUUCAUCUACAAGUAUUGCUGGUGGUAACAGUGAUAGUACAAGAACACGGUCCACCUCAAGUUUUAUAAAUAGUAUCAAUGGGAAUAUUGAUCAUACCGAAGAUAAAAGUAGUACAGGAGUAUCUUCUCUAGGAAAGCAGAUGAAAGUUCGUUUGGAAUAUAAUGGUAGCUCUGAAAACAUAAAGAAUUCUAAUUUGAAAUCAUUUGUUGUUUCAAUACAUUGCAUCUCAUCAAUAAAAUCAUUAAGUGAUUUUUUAAAACACCAAAUCAUGCUAUCAAGAUUCUUAGAUACAUUUUCUACGAAUUCUUCCCAUCCAUUUAACUAUGAAGAAGAAGAAGAAGAUCAUGAUCAUGAUCAUGAUGAUUCUAGUAAUGAACAUCCUACUGAGAAUCCCUUUGAAUUUAGUAUCAAUGACACAAAGAUUAGUUUAAAUGAUACAGUAUUUGGUGCAUGUUAUAAACAAUACAUUGACAAUGAAAAUAGAACCUCUAAUCUAGACUUAGCUUCUAAUAAUAGCAAUAAUAGCAUUCAUCCCAAGGAUAUAUCUAACUUAUGGAAUGAAAUACCUACCAUCCAGUAUAGAAGAACCAAGAAAAAUGAUCAAUUUGCAAAUGAUAGUUCUGCAAGUUCCUUUUCUACUUCAACAUCCACUACAACUACAACUUUAGCUUCGACAACUAUUGGAACACCUUUAUCAUCGCAUCAGACACAAUUAAGUUCUAUGUAUUCAUUAAAGAAUAUUGAUAUCACUAUUAUGAAUAAAAUAAAUCCAUCUAUCAGAUCUAUAUUAAAGUUACUGAACUUAAUUUCCACAUGGAAUGAUACUACCAAAGUAUUAGCCAACGAAUUAUUCAUUAAUUCUAAAUUAAGUGCUAAAUUGUCAAGACAAUUAGAAGAACCAUUGAUUAUUGCAAGUGGUAUAUUACCUAAUUGGUUAUUAUAUUUAACCAUGAAUUAUCCAUUCUUAUUUCCAUUUGAAAUCAGAUAUAUACUAUUACAAUAUACAUCAUUUGGAUAUGGUAGAUUAAUUCAAUCGUGGCUAAAUAAAAAUAAAAUGCUAUUAAAUAAUGGAAAUGGAAGUACUGGGAAUAAUGAAGAUGAGAAUGGGAAUGGGAAUAUGGUUUCUAAUAGUAAUAACUCGAACAAUAUCAAUAACAUACAUGCUAAUGAACAAUUGCAACGACUAGGAAGAUUGGCAAGGCAUAAAUUACGUUUAUCAAGAAAAACGUUAUUUUUGAGUGCUUUGAAAAUAUUAAAUAAAUAUGGUUCUUCCACAAGUAUAUUAGAAAUGGAAUAUCAAAAUGAAGUAGGUACAGGUACUGGACCUACAUUGGAGUUUUAUGCUAAUGUAUCAAGAGAGUUUGCUAAGAAAUCAUUGAACAUGUGGAGAGAUCAAAAUUCUGGAAAAGAAGAUGAAUUUGAAAGUCCAUAUAUAAUAGACUCCUUGUUCCCCAAGCCCUUGAAUCCGAAGAAUAUGAACGUUGAACGGGUAAUUGAAUUGUUUAAAUACCUUGGUAUAUUCAUUGCUCGUUCUAUGAUAGAUAAUCGAAUUUUAGAUUUUCGUUUUAACCCGGCUUUCUUCGAAAUCUGUCAGAAAUAUAGCAAAAACUAUCAAGAUCCCAAUGAUUCAGAUAAUAAGACAAGAUUUCAAUUAGUCGAACUUAUUGAUAACCAAGUCUUUAAAACGUUAAAAUAUUUAGAAACAAAUUCUGAAAAUGACUUAUUGUUGAAAGAACUGACAUUAACUUUCGUCUUUCCAGGUAGUGAUUUAGAAUUGAUUCCAAACGGUAAUGAAGUCUAUGUGGACAGUACCAACGUUAAGCAAUAUAUUGAUCUACUUCUUGGCCAAAUGAUCGGUUCUGGUAUAUCGAAACAAGUUGAAUCUUUUAUUGAGGGGUUUUCUGAAGUUUUCCAAUUUUCUAGUCUUCAGAUGCUGACAUCAUAUGAAUUGACCAAUAUUUUCGGAUGUUUUGAAGAAGAUUGGAAUGAAAAGACAUUGUUCACAUAUAUUAAUGCUGAACACGGAUAUACACUGGAUUCCCCUACAAUUCAUGACUUGAUUAAGGUCAUGUGCAAUUUAGAUGAAACACAAAGAAGAAAAUUCGUCCAGUUUCUGACUGGCGCUCCUAAACUUCCGAUUGGAGGCUUUAAAAGUCUAAACCCACGACUCACUGUGGUUUUGAAACAUGCAGAGGAUGGAUUGAAACCCGAUCAAUGCCUGCCCAGUGUCAUGACAUGUAGGAACUAUCUGAAAUUACCUAAGUAUAGCACCUUUGAUGUGAUGCGCUCACGCAUCCUGCAAGCCAUCGACGAGGGCUCCGGUGCCUUCUUGUUAUCAUGA